UUGUAAAACCUGUGGAGAUGAUAAAAUUUGUGCUGAUCGUUAACAAGCAAGGACAAACCAGACUGUCACGGUAUUACGAGCAACAAGAGAUCCAGAAAAGGACGCUGCUGGAAUCCGAAGUCAUUAAAUUGUGCCUGUCACGCUCCAAAGACCAGUGCUCCUUUAUAGAAUACAAAGAUUUCAAACUGGUAUAUCGGCAGUAUGCAGCACUUUUCAUCGUAGUGGGCAUUGAUGAGUUUGAGAAUGAAAUGGCAGUGUUUGAACUCAUCCAUAAUUUUGUAGAAGUUCUGGACAAGUAUUUUAGCAGAGUGAGUGAACUUGAUAUAAUGUUUAACCUGGACAAGGUGCACAUCAUUUUGGACGAGAUGGUGUUAAACGGCUGUGCGGUGGAGACAAACAAGACCCGCAUACUCGCUCCUCUGCUUGUGCUGGACAAAGUAGGCAGCAGUUGACAACGUUUGCUAGAACCACAAAUGGAAUUCAACAGCUGCUCAGUUACUGACCUUUGCAAGAGCUAGAGUUAUGCUUCUAGUUAGAAUGGUCUUUCAGUUAUAGUGCAGCAUAAUGUACAAAAUGCUAAAUAAAAUAAAGACUAGAUAUGAAGAUGGAUCAACUCCGAUAUAAGUAGGCCUGUCUUUCAGCAGUAUAUUAAUAAUGUCCAUACUCCGUAAGUUGUAAGUUGCAAAAGUGCAAGAUAUUUAUAAAGUUUCAACUAUAUACUUACCGGACUUUAAAUCUAGGCCGCUGCAUGGAGCUGUAUUUUCCCACCUACAGUUUAAAACCCUAUAAUGAAUACAGAAACAUGUGCAGCCCAUGCAGUUAUGUUUAUGGCUUGAAGCCGGGGUGGUCAAAACGUAGCUUCAUAUACAACUUGCUAUCCUUAAAGC